AUGAUCACAGAAUUGAGAACAAAAGGGGCAACAAGGACCCCCGCCAUCCGCUAUUCUUAUCCGGCGCCUCCUCCCUCAAAAAACGCCGCGCCCCAACAACCCCGCGGGACGCCGCGACCAAGAACCGCCAAAACGAACGUUCGAAAACCGAAAAGGAGCGACGCCCGCCGCCGGGCACGGGCUGGGUCGGGGUUUGGCGUGGUUUCGCCCGUUCGCGCGCGGCGCCGGCGGGUUGUGGGGCCUCCGUUCGCUGACUUUUUUGGUGCCCUUUUUCCCGCCACGCGGGGAAUCGCAUUUCUCUCUGAUCUUCCCACUCACAUCUUUUCUUCUUUUCUUUUAUCCUUUUUGGCGGGCAGGGGAGUAGCAAUGUUGCGAAUGUGUCGGCGUUUGGCGAUGAAGUACGCUGACUUGGAGCUGACCACUCGGGGUGAGUUUCCGCAUGGCAUGAAGGAGCCUGGAUUUGUAAAGAAAUUGGACCAAAAUAUUCCGUGGUAUUUUUCCACAUACCGGUCAAUGUACCAUUGGCCAAUAACCGGUGAUAAUUGGAGCGACUUGAACGAGGCGGAGAAGCAUCAUGAUCUUCACAUGUUUUACACUUUAGCGUGGUGGAAAUUGGGGGAGGGUAUCUUUGACGCGAAUGAUGAGGACAAUUAG